CCAAAAUUACCCUAAAAGAAUCUUGACCGUAAGAUUAAAAAAUAAGGGAAAAUAAUUAAUCAAAUGGUAUAUAAAGACGUUGCCACCGUGAUUACUAAAAAAUAAAUAAUCACCCUAACCCAUUCCGCAUGUCCAAGUCAGCACCUUCUUGUGAGAGAGCGUCCACAAGAAAAAAACGGAUCUUUGCUGGCACGAUCUUCCUCCACUGCCAAACUUAAGCUGAAGGGAAAUUAGAAAUGCCAGGGAACUUGUCAUCAACUAAUACCAUGUACAUGGAGUUAACCGAGAAGCCAACCUCCAGAUUGGGAUGCCAAAUGUUUGUACCGACUAGCUCCAGAUCAAACAAUGAUAUUUGUUGGUGUGGGGUUGACUCACGAUCCGUUCGUCUGAUCUCGUCGGGAGGGAAGAAACCUGUGAAAGAACCGGGGAUGCCCCCCGGAUUAAGCUCCGACGAUCAAGUUAGUUUAAUUUUGAGGAGAGAGUUGAGAGAAUAGAUAGAGAGAUAAAGUGUAGAGAGAUAGUAGAAAGUGGAAAGUCAGGAGAGAGAGGAGGUCCCUUCUUUGGAGGGCUUCAAGCCCUUAUAUACCUGUAGCGGGUACUGAGUGUUGCCAUUGCCGAUUGUGCGCUCUACUACUUAGUCUGUGCACGAAGUAUUUAGUAACACCCCCAACAAUUGCCCCCCAAGCCGGUGGUGAAUUUUAACUCAUCGCUAGCUUAUAUAUAUAUUUUUUUAAAUCUUCGUCGGUAAUUCUGGGUGGAGCCCUAUGUACCCCAGUUGCCCCCCAGCUGGUGGCGCGUUUGACUGACGCGGUGCCAGCUUCUUGCAUCUUUCCCCCCAGUUGGUGUAUUUCAUUAAGGCGUGUAGCCCCCCAUUAGCGCCAUUAACGCUCAUGAAAGUGAAAUAUUUCAAUAUUUGAUAAUGAUAGAGGGAUAUAGUACUUAGCUUUAAAUUGGAGAGGCGGCAGGAUACUGAUUAAGUGGAAUGCGCCGCACUAUUUUGGCACAAGGCGCGUAUGUAGCCUAUUGGUAUUGUUGCUUUUCACGCGAGUAGUGACGCGAGUUCGAAUCCUGGUGGUGACAAUAUUAUUUUUGAUGAGCUCCUUGUCUGUUGGGCUUGGCGCGCCUGAACAGCACAGCAGGCCAGGGGACGCGAGCAUUGGGCCUGAUCCGCGAGUUGAGAGUGCGAGCUCACGGGCUAGUUGUGCGGGGGCGAUGCAAGGCGAGCUUUACCUCUUAGAGCGGCCGAAAGCGGUCUUGCCGCGAGGUGGUGUCGAGCCAUGUGAUGCGUGGAGUUCGAAGUGGUCACCGGAUGAGAGUGGACCGCGAUUGGAGUGGACGAAAUGUAAGCCCAUGUAGCGUGGUUUGGCAAUCGUUGAAAUAAAGGCGUGACGCAUCUUGUAGCGUAAGUUGUUGUUGUAGCUUACUGGUUAGUACGCUUGCAUGGCAGAACAGUGGCGCGGGUUCGAGGACUGGCGCCUACAAAUAAUUUUUUGUUCCGUGGAACUGAGUGGGCGCGAAUAGUUCAUGACUAUUGCUAUUUUUUGUUCUGUCGAACUGAGUGGGCGCGAAUAUUUCAUGACUAUUGCUAUUUUUUGUUCCGUGGAACUGAGUGGGCGCGAAUAGUUCAUGACUAUUGCUAUUUUUUGUUCUGUCGAACUGAGUGGGCGCGAAUAGUUCAUGACUUUGCUAUUUUUUGUUCCGUGGAACUGAGUGGGCGCGAAUAGUUCAUGACUAUUGCUAUUUUUUGUUCUGUCGAACUGAGUGGGCGCGAAUAGUUCAUGACUAUUGUUAUUUUUUGUUCCGUGGAACUGAGUGGGCGCGAAUAGUUCAUGACUAUUGUUAUUUUUUGUUCUGUCGAACUGAGUGGGCGCGAAUAGUUCAUGACUAUUGCUAUUUUUUUGUUCCGUGGAACUGAGUGGGCGCGAGUAGUUAAAAAUCAGACGCCGCGCCAUUGAAACACACGGUCCGCAUGUAGCCUUCUGGUGAUGUUGCUUGUCUAGCGGAGGAGUGGCGCGGGUUCGAGCCCUCGCGGCGACGAUAAUAUUUUUCUUACUGAGCUCAGCACCUGUGGGCUCUGUCACGACCUUACUCUCGAUUGUGCGGCCUCACGACCUUACUCUCGAUUGUGCGGCCCUAGCUCUCAAUUCUGUUAGAGCGCUAGGCAGCCUUCUCUCAAACUCACAAGAAAGCAAAGACAAAGGAUUGGGAGAACUCUCUAGUGUGUACUACUCUAAAAAAUGAUGGAAUGAGUACAAGUGAGGGAGAUGGCUCCUUAUAUAGGCCUCUCCACAUACAAGGCAUCAAUGCCCCUCAUAAUGUCCCUCUACUACAUCAAUACACCCCAUUAAGUCCC